AUGUCGCAGCAGCUCAACGCCAUGCACCCCAUGUCCCUCAUCUUCCUCCUCCACAUCGCGCUCGACGUGCCCAUGGCCGUCCAGGGCCUCUGGUCGCCCCUGAGCCUCCCCUUCCUCCAGCUGAACAACACCGCGCUCGUCUUCAUCAAGAUGUACGCGUCCCUCGUCGGCGGGACGUGCGUCGCCGCGCUCCUGAGCUUCAACCUGCCCGAGUUCCUCCCGGGCAAACGCGCGUUCGCGAUCGCGCUCUGCGUCUACCACGCCACGGUCUCGACCGUGCUCUUCAACGCGCCGCGCUUCAUCCCGCACACGUUCGGGCCCGUGUUCGAAGCGUACAAGGCGACGCCCGAGCACGUCUGGGGGUGCCUCCACGGCAUCCUGGGCUUGCUCUUCGCGAUCUGGUGGCAGGUGACGCUGCCGUACGUCGCGGCGAUGCCGCGGAUGAAGGCGCAGUGA